AUGGUUGUACGACUGUAUUUGAGAUCGCCGUAUAAGCAGUUGUACCUUCGUCGAUCUGUGGAAGCGCCCGAGGUCGUGGACUACUACGACCGCAUAGCGUUGUGGCACAAGAAAUACCCGCCUAGCUGCAGCUUUACUCUGAGCCACUUGCUGGAGCUUUUCUCGCUUUCUUUGGCACAGGUGGGUGCCGACGCGCUGCUGGUGGAGCGGACAGUUCUGCACAGGAAUGUCCCACAACGAGCGCGUGGGCCCUACGUGGCCGACUGGCUGAUUGUCUCGCACGGAGACCCGGAGGCGAAUGAGCCGUGUGGCUUGUCCUGCUCGUCGAGCUGCAACAGUUCGCGUUCCUGUCUCUCCGUCAGUGACGACAGUCCAGACCACGGACUUGGCCUCGACGAAUCUCAACCGGUUCUGAGACCUGACCAGUCUCAAACAGGACUGUGGACAACAGAGAAUGAAGAUCUUUUUAGGGAUAAGGGAAGUCCGGACGCCGCCCGUAGUCUGGAAGCCGAGGGUCUAAGAGGCGAUAGUCAGGUGGACAAGUUGUUAACUCGAGAAGAGGGGUCGUCCAGUAGUGGAUCGUCAAGCCGCCGGUCGGCGCGUUCGGACGAAGAGUUGGACUCGCGUGGGUUACUGCGGCCCCUUCCCUCGCCACUGACCGAGUGUAUUCGCUUGCCCUGGGACUCCUACUUCAUUAAAUUGGCGGAGUAUACAUCUAAGCGGUCGAAUUGUCGGAAGAGACGUGUUGGGGCUUUGCUGGUUCGCGAGCGUAGGAUUAUUUCAACGGGUUAUAACGGCACUUCCUUUACGUCUGAAAACUGCUUGGACGGAGGUUGCACUCGCUGUCAGCAGCCGGUCAUUCGGGCGGGGCAGAUGCUUGACAGAUGUGAGUGUAUACAUGCCGAAGUCAACGCCCUUUUGGGAGUCCAACGCGAAUUGGCCCAGGGCAGCUCCAUGUUUGUAAACCUCAUGCCCUGCUUCUCGUGCGCCAAACUCAUCGUACAGAUGGGCAUCUGUCGCGUUGUCUACAUCGACGACUAUGACGGAGAUGACGCCGCCCAGUACAUGAAGAAACACCGCGUAAUAGUCAGUAAACACGGAAUUAGAGAGUAA